GCAGAUCAGUAGAGAGCAUCACACCUGCUCAACUGCCUUUUACGCAGACACGUAUCCAAGGGAAAGCACUUCACGCACCCGGGUUUAACCAUGAUUAAGAAAAUGUCGCCCUCCGAGAGCGAUUUUGACAUCCCGGCGAAGAACUGCUACAGGAUGGUGAUUUUGGGCUCCACGAAAGUGGGGAAAACUGCCAUCGUGUCCCGGUUCCUGAACGGGAGGUUCGACGAGCAGUACACGCCGACCAUCGAGGACUUUCACAGGAAACUGUACAGCAUCAAGGGAGACGUUUACCAGCUAGACAUACUGGACACAUCAGGGAACCACCCUUUCCCCGCCAUGAGGAGACUAUCCAUACUGACAGGUGACGUGUUCAUCCUCGUCUUCAGCCUGGACAACCGCGACUCCUUCCAGGAGGUGCAGCGGCUCAAGCGGCAGAUCUACGAGACCAAGUCGUGCCUGAAAAACAAGAUCAAAGAGAACAUCGACGUGCCUCUGGUCAUCUGCGGCAACAAGGGCGACAGAGAGUUUUACCGGGAGGUACAGCAGGAGGAGAUCGAGCAGCUGGUGGCCGGAGACGAGAAGUGCGCGUACUUCGAAAUCUCCGCCAAGCGCAACGAGAACGUGGAUAAGAUGUUUCAGACUCUGUUUACCUUGGCCAAACUACCUCACGAAAUGAGCCCCGACCUUCACCGGAAGGUGUCCGUGCAGUACUGCGACAUGCUGCACAGAAAGUCUCUGAAAAACAAGAAGCUGAAGGACAUUGGGGAAGCGUACGGCGUGGUCACUCCGUGCGCCCGGAGACCCAGCGUGCACAGCGACCUCAUGUACAUUAAAGAGAAGGCGAUUGGAGGCAGCCAGGGCAAAGACAAGGAAAGGUGCGUGAUCAGUUAAGCAGAGCGCGAGGUGCAAACUCUUUUUAACGCACAAAUCUUUGAAAGAAGAAAGAGCCUGGUGCGUCAGCUUGAGAAGCGACCUGUGCGGCCGGCUGCGCUCAAACUGACACGGGAGGAGGUGUGGAGACGCCGUGGCGGCCGCCGUCGCGUGCGCGCGCGCGCUCUGGCGCAGCGCCGUUUCCAAGGACACUGAGCGGACACGCGAGUCCGCUACAAACCACUACAAGAAAAAAAAAAACACACAAAAAAAAAAACAAAAGAGAAAACACUGCCCACGAGACAUCCAAGAAUGUUUGCUUGUUCUGUCCGUCAGAGCCCAAUAUGUGACGUGGCUUCAUAACUUGUGAGACUCGCGCGUCGAUGCGUAAAAUGUGUUUUGUUGACGUCAUGCCUUUUACAGAUGCAGGAGGAGAGAGAAGAAGAGACUCUUGGCUCAGGAGGUUCCGUGCUUGGAAGGGGGGGGGAAUAAUUUGUUUACAUCUUAUCAUAGAUUUUAUAAUGGCUAAGUACACUUGAAUGUUUCAUUGCAAUUUGAACUAUUUUUUAUUGUGAAUGUAUAUUUAUUGUCAAUGUCGAUUUUUGCAAAGAAAAUCUUGAAAUAUAAUAAUAAAAAAACAUAAACUAAAAGUUAUGUUGCACGGCCUCUCAUUUCAAGUUCAUUCUGCACUGUUGCUCUCUCACAGCCCACACCCACACCUG